AUGACGGAAUGGCAGAGUUUUGAUGAUUUGUUUAAUUCUAUUCUGUCACACGCUCCUGAACUGCCAGACGUUGAACGUUUUGAGUUUCUGAAAAUGUCUUUAAAGGGUGAAGCCUUGUCAUUGGUGUCCCACCUUGCGUUAACGGCUACAAACUAUUCUAGUGCGUGGAAAAUCUUGCGUUCUCGUUAUGGCAACAAACGUGAUCUCGCCCGCAUUCACCUCGAUGCUCUUCUUGCUAACCAGAAGGUUAAGGCAAAUGAUGGUACAUCUAUACAAACUCAGAUCAAUACGAUCUUAGAGAACACUGCGGCCCUGGACAACCUCGAUUUCGUGACACGCCAGUGGAGUCCGCUUCUGGUGCAUGUCGUUGAAAAACACCUCGACUACGAGCUACGUGCUAGGUGGGAAUUGGUCGUUGGGGAUAACCAUUAUCUACAAAUAUCUGAAUUUGUCGACUUCCUGCGUACGCAUCUGCGAUCUGCGGAAAUCUAUUCCACUUGUACCUCAGUUGACCGGUCAGACAGUGUGUCCAAACCCCACAAGUCAGCAAAACAACCAAAUUUCAAACCUCGUUCAUCAUCCACCGUUCUAGCAACUACUUCUAGUCACUCACCAGUUAAGCCGUGUCCACUCUGUAAUGCGCCUCAUUCAAUAAGAUUAUGUAAACAAUUUACUGACAAGCCUCCGAAUGAACGCUUUAAUAUCGCAAAAACUCAUCGUUUGUGCAUAAAUUGCCUUGGAUUCGGUCAUUCUUCAAUGAGUUGCACCUCAAAGUAUAAAUGUCAGUUGUGUAAACGAAGUCAUCACUCGUUGUUACAUUUUGACGCAACUACUGCUGCCACUACGUCCUCAGAUUAUGUGCCCUCGGGUAGUGUCCCACAUGCUGCGACCUGUCUUGUGCGAGGCCAGCCUCAGAGUGUCGUGUUGUUGUCUACAGCCCUCGUUGAUGUAUAUGCUGCUGAUGGCCGACGCCAUGUCUUGAGAGCCUUGUUGGAUUGCGGUUCACAAGCCAGCUUCAUCACCGAGAAAGCGUGUUGUGCUCUAAUGCUUCGUCGGUAUCAUUCACCUGUUAGUGUUUCUACGUUCGCUAGUACAGUUUCGACAUGUGUUCGUGGGAAAUGUAGUAUAAAUAUUGUUCCCUGUGGCCUACAAGCACCAUCAGUUUCUACUGACGUCUCAAUAAUUUCUAAAAUCACUGGGCCCACUCCUCAAUCACCGUUAAUAACUGGGCAGUGGACACAUAUUCAGAAUUUACCCUUAGCAGAUCCAUCAUACAACAUCCCUGGUGCGAUCGAUUUGUUAUUGGGAGCCGACCUGUUACCUUCGAUUUACCUGGAUGGUUUGCAAAGAGGUCUGGUUGGUGAACCUAUCGCCAUGAACACUAUAUUUGGUUGGGUUCUCUUGGGACCAAUGGAUUCAUGUGAUCGUUCUUCCAUUACUACAAUGUGUCUAACUAUCUCAGAACCCCUUGAUUCGCUAUUGAAACAAUUCUGGGAACUUGAAGAACUGCCUAUCACCUGCCAUUUGAGCCCCGCUGACCUUGCCGCAGAACAACUCUACCAAUCAACUACAACCCGUUUAAGUUCCGGACGUUUUGUCGUCUCGCUUCCGUUUCUUAAACCAUUACCGUUGCUCGGCGAUUCGAAGACGUUGGCUCUCCAGAGAUUCAAGGCCCUUGAGUUCAGACUAAAUCGUAAUAACACCCUAAAGACUCAGUACGCUGAAUUUAUACGCGAUUACUUGACUGCUGGUCAUAUGGAGCUAAUCCCACCAGCGGAGCACGGAAAUCCGUAUCAUUAUUAUAUUCCGCACCAUUGUGUUAUCAAACCAGAUAGCCUUACUACCAAAUUGAGGGUGGUGUUCAACGCAUCUGCCAAGACUUCAGCCGGUAUAUCACUUAAUGAAAGUAUGUACACGGGCCCCAAACUCCAACCAGAUAUACAACGUGUUCUACUACGUGCUCGUCUGUGGAAGUACCUAUUCUGUAUUCAUGGCUGA